AGCACCACCUCGACCCCCCCGAAUUGUCUCUCAUACCUCUGGGUCUGUCAUCGCUCGCUUCGGUCUACAAAUACUUCGCUCCUCUACAGGUUUAACUGUCAUUAUGUCUGACUACGGCCACGACGACGACGUCGAAGAGACCUUCGAUUACGAGCCCGGCGAGGAUGUGUUUGAUGAGGAGCCGGAGGAACAAGAGGGCCUCGAGGGCGAGGAUGGGGUUGAGGGAGAAGAUUACCCCACCACCAACGGCGACAAUGUCGUUGUCUCUGGCGAUCCCAAUGCCGGAUACGCAGGAAAAGUGAUGGAGCAGUCGCGCGAGAAGAAAGUACCCAACGACCAGCGCACCACCACCCCGUACUUGACCAAGUACGAGCGCGCGCGUGUUCUCGGUACCCGUGCCCUGCAGAUCAGUAUGAACGCUCCCGUUCUUGUCGACCUCGAGGGUGAAACCGAUCCCCUGCAGAUCGCCAUGAAGGAAUUGAACCAGAAGAAGAUUCCCCUGAUCAUUCGCCGAUACCUGCCCGAUGGAUGGUAUGAGGAUUGGACAUGCGAGGAGCUGUUGUAGUGGUCAAAACGGUAUCAACCGUUCUCCACUAAGGCUGUUUUCCAUCUUUUGCUUUUCUUUGGGUUUCAGCAUAGCGUUUGGAGUUCUGGGAUUCGAAGAACCCGUCGAAAAAAAAGACUUGGAUGUCCUUGAUGAAACAUGGACAUCAAUGAGACUUUGUACAUGAAUCUAGAACGGAAAAAAACAUAUCCAAAAAUA